AUGGCACUGGUAGUAAUCUGUGGUCAACCAUGCAGUGGAAAAUCUAAAGCUGCAGUAACUCUAGCUGAAGCUCUUAGACAAUCACCGGACUUGAAACAUCAAGUGAGAAUCAUAGAUGAAGCUUGUUUUCAUCUUGAUCGGAAUCAGAUUUAUGCGAAUAUGCCAUCGGAGAAGAAUUUAAGAGGGGUUCUUAGGUCAGAAGUGGAUAGGUCUCUGUCAAAAGAUACUGUUAUUAUUGUUGAUUCUUUGAAUAGCAUCAAGGGUUAUCGAUAUGAGCUAUGGUGUUUGGCUCGUGCUGCGGGGAUUAGAUACUGUGUUGUUUAUUGUGAUGUUGAAGAUAGCGAUUGUAGAAAAUGGAAUCAAGAGCGUAGGGAGAAAGGUGGAGAUGGUUAUGAUGAUGUAAUAUUUGAAGAUUUGGUGAGGAGGUUUGAGAAACCAGAGAGAAGAAACCGGUGGGAUUCGCCUUUGUUUGAGUUGAGAUCUUCUGAUUUUGGUUCUAUUAUAGAUGAUGUUGUUUCCUACAUUACCAAAAAAGUGGACUCGAAAACCCGUGAUGUGAAGAUAUUGCAACCGACAAUUGCAACUCAAACUUCACGUUUUUCCGAUGCUAAUUCUCUGUAUGAGCUGGACAAAGCAACGCAAGAGGUUACUAGUGCUAUUGCAGAAGCGCAAUCUCGUGAUCUUGGUAUGCUACCGGCUAAUGGUGUUUCUAUAGGGAAAGAUUUGCCUCCAAUCAAUCUUUCAAGAUCAGUUGGGUUGCCAGAGCUUCGUAGGUUGCGACGGACGUUCAUGAAACUAACAGGGCAAACAAGUUUGAGCGGGAGAGCUCCUCCUUCGGAUUCUGAUAGUGCUAAAAGGAUGUUUAUUGAUUACUUGAAUAGGGAGCUCGGAACUUCAUGA